AACCUUAGUUGGCAGAAGAGUAUCAACUUCUUGAACACACCUGUGACUUCCAUUAGCCAGACUGUGAAAACCACUUGUACAAGGAGAACAGCAACGUCUUUUUUACUUCAAGAGGUCUCAGAUACAAAAUUACAGGAAUGGACAAUAGGAGCAGAGUUGUGUUUUCAGUCAUCAUGGUAAUGGCGUGCAUGGGGAUGGGAGCUGAGGCACAGAACUCCACAUCGAAUACCACGUCCUCAGUAAACAUCUCAUCGACAAAUUGUGGAACCACACAGUUUUGUGCUGCUCAGCCAGCAGGCUGUAACCCAUCUGUGUCUGGAUCCUGUUUCUUCGUCUCAACCAGUGUAAUCUCAGGACAGAACUUUAACUUCCAGCUUCAAGGACAAUCCAGUGGCUACGUCGCUGUAGGGUUGUCCAGAAACAUUACAACGGGACAAAAUGACUCUGUCUAUGUGUGUGCUAACAUCAACAACAACGUUAAUUUCUCUUCCAAUCUUUACAACAACGGAGUUCUGACUCCGACCAACACGCUGCCCUCUAACCUGAUGAAUGGCUCAGUCAGUGGUCAGACCAUCCAGUGCAUCUUCUCUGCUACAGUCCCCAACGCUACUUCCACCAAGAGCAGCAGUACCUCCUUUUUCAUUUCCAUCUACAACGGGACCGUGACUAAUGGAUCCCUAGGUAGUCCUAAGGCUAUCUUUACAAGCACUGCAGUUGUGGACCUGUCCAACCCCAACGCCACUGCAACCAACAGCCUCAACAGCGCAGCUAGUACAGCAACCCUGGGUGGGCCCACUUUUGGUCUACAGCGCACCCUAUCUCAAGCUCUGCUGAUCCUGCUUGGUGGACUAGUUUUCAUCAUGCUGUAAUGUGGAUCUCAGUAGUAAACCACUUCACAUUCAGGAAUCCUGGACCUCUAUGGUUAUUGAAGCCAACCAGGCUGGGUUCCCAAGAAUGAAACUCCUUCUGAGCAGGGGUAGUAAGACAUUAGCCUACAGAAUUAAUCCAGUAAUAUAAGUUUAAUGUUGUGUUCAUAGUCCUUUUAAGGUACAUUUUACCAUUGUUCAACUUCCUUAUCUCCAGCAUUACCCCAACAUCAACACUUCAAUUUUGUGACCAUAAAACAUAAAAGCCUAAGUUAUGUUGAUGUUUAGAAAAUGUAUUUGAGGUAUACACCUAAGACUCCACUACACGUAACUUAUUUAUUUUAGCUCAGUCAUCUUUUACUUCCUCUUAGCUGAUGUCAAAUUAUGAAGGAAGACAAUUUGGUCCAAGUGUGAAAUUAUGUGUGUGUCUGUGAGUGUGUUUGUGUGUGUGUGAGUGUGUGUGUGCGCGCGGGGGGAGUGAAAAUAUUUGCUUACAUAUUUGUGUCUAAUGAAGCCACAAGUUGUCAGAAGCUGAUAUUUGCGUUUGUGUGUCAGGUAAAGUGUGACAAAUUGUUCUUCCUGAUUACCCUUUAAAAGUGUGAAAUGUUUUUAUGUAAUAAUGUAAAUAUUUUUGUACACAAGAAAUACAACAUUUAUUAACAAUA